CGAAAAUACCUCAGGUUAUUUUUGUGUAUAUAUAUCGAAUAGUUGUGCUCAUUUUCCAAAAUCGCGAGUCUUCCUCUAAAACUAAACACCAGAUUCUCAUCGCAAGAGAAGACUGAAUCAGACGGUAAGUUAGGGUUAUUUUCUCUUCCGAAAUCCCCAAUUUGGAGAUUGUCGGAGUUCCGAAAUCCGCCGGUGAAUUCUCGUGUUUUGGCUUCAAUGGAUACUGGAGGAAACUCGCUGCCGUCGGGAGCCGACGGCGUGAAGAGGAAAGUGUGCUACUUCUACGACCCGGAGGUCGGGAAUUACUAUUACGGGCAGGGCCAUCCGAUGAAGCCCCACAGAAUCCGAAUGACCCACGCCCUUCUCGCCCACUACGGCCUUCUUCAGCACAUGCAGGUCCACAAGCCCUUCCCGGCCAGGGACAAGGACCUCUGCCGCUUCCACGCCGACGACUACGUCAACUUUCUCCGCAGCAUCACGCCCGAGACCCAGCAGGACCUGCUCCGCCAGCUCAAGCGCUUCAAUGUUGGCGAGGACUGCCCUGUCUUUGACGGUCUUUACUCCUUUUGUCAGACUUACGCCGGCGGCUCUGUCGGCGGCGCGGUGAAGUUGAAUCACGGCCACGAUAUCGCCAUCAACUGGGCCGGUGGGCUCCACCACGCCAAGAAGUGCGAGGCCUCUGGGUUUUGCUAUGUCAACGACAUCGUGUUGGCGAUCUUGGAACUCCUUAAGCAGCACGAGCGUGUUUUGUAUGUGGAUAUCGAUAUCCACCAUGGAGAUGGUGUGGAGGAGGCCUUCUACACAACUGAUAGGGUCAUGACGGUUUCAUUCCACAAGUUUGGAGAUUAUUUUCCCGGUACUGGGGACAUAGAUGAUAUUGGAUAUGGGAAAGGAAAAUAUUACUCCCUUAAUGUUCCACUUGAUGAUGGAAUUGAUGAUGAGAGCUACCAUUUCUUGUUCGAGCCAAUCAUGAAGAAAGUGAUGGAGGUCUUUAAGCCUGGUGCUGUGGUUCUCCAGUGUGGUGCGGAUUCUUUAUCCGGGGACAGAUUGGGAUGCUUCAAUCUUUCGAUCAGAGGCCAUGCUCAGUGUGUCAAGUAUAUGAGAUCGUUCAAUGUCCCACUAUUACUUCUAGGUGGUGGCGGCUAUACCAUCAGGAAUGUUGCCCGGUGCUGGUGCUAUGAGACAGGAGUUGCUCUUGGAGUAGAAAUUGAGGACAGAAUGCCUCAACAUGAGUACUACGAGUAUUUUGGUCCAGAGUAUACUCUUCAUGUCGCCCCUAGUAACAUGGAAAACAAGAAUUCACAACUAUCACUGGAAAAUAUAAAAUCUAAGCUUCUUGAUUAUCUUUGCAAGCUUCAGCAUGCACCAAGUGUCCAAUUUCAGGAAAGACCUCCUGAAACUGAACUUCCAGAGGCAGAUGAAGAUCAAGAAGACCCAGAUGAGAGAUAUGACCCGGACUCUGACAUGGACAUUGAUGAUGAGCGGAAGACUUUACCAAGCAGAGUAAAGAGGGAAUUAGUUGAAACUGAGCCUAAAGAUCAGGAGAUUCAGAAAGGAAGUGCAGAGAAUGCUAAAGGCUAUGAUACUACAGGAGAUGAUGCUACAUUUACAAAGGCUUUAGAUGUGGGUUCUGUUUCAAUAGAUGAACCAAGUGUGAAAACCGAGCAGGAGACCAUGAACAAGCCAACUGACCAGAUGCAACUCUAGAGCCACAGCCUACAAAAUCUAACUCUUUAUGUUUCUGUGCAGAGUUAUUUGUUGUAUUUAUUAGUAAUUUAGUAUCAUUUUCGAACACUCGUUGAAUGAGUUGAGAACGGGUAAAUAGUGGGGGGGCUUAAACGUUCGAGUUGAACUCCAAUUUAUGAAAAAUUUGAUCCAGAUUUCAAAAGGUUUAAUCUAGACUGAUUUAUUUCUACUUCACGGAAGAGUUUUGUGUCAUGUUUGUUUUGUUCCAGAGAUUUUGAUAAUAUAGAAAGCCCUAUGUGCUCUUCAAUGAAACUUCUGACCUUUUUUCCUGACUCGAAUAUUAUGUA